CCAUACCAAGGUGCUAUAUGGUUUCCAGCUAUAAAUGUAGCAGCAGUACACACAACAAAUCUUCCACCAUCCUCAACAUCCGAUAAAAUGCAAAGUAUCCUACAAGAAAGCACCAGCCAUUCCACCCCAUGGUACACAGAUGAUCCUCGACCAACACAUCUCACGCCCGAUAUUUGCGGCUUUUUCGAAGAGUACUCUGGAAUUCAAGGCGCAGAAAUAGCCGCACUUGUCCUCAAAGUAGUAAGUAUCGCAGCAAUUGCUUACCACCCCAAUCAAAAUCCCAGGCCUCGAGGUAGCACAUUGCCUACUCACCGCUAUACAUUUGGUGUCACUGUGCUUCUCAUGCAAAGCUAACGCCAGUAAUCUUUAGCGAGAGAAGGCCUGGCACAUUCGGCCCUACCCAUGUAUCGGCAGUUUUGCGUUCCUUGAUUUCUGUUUGCGGGACUUGCCAAAUUACGCCGCCUUGCUACGGCUUCUGAAGACCGGUGGCAGGAAAUUUGUAGAUCUGGGGUGCUGUUUCGGGCAGAAUAUGCGUUGGCUGGCGAAGGAUGGAGUCUCACCUGAUGCUAUGAUUGGUGUGGAUCUUCUCCCCGAUUUCUGGGACUUGUCCUUCGAUAUGUUCAAAGAUAGAGACAAAAUGGGUUCGAGACUAAUUGUCGGCGAUGUUCUGCAUGACGGACAAUGUAAAGAGUUAGGAGAAUUGGAGCGGAAUGUGGAUGUUGUUUUUGCAGGUAAUCUCUUUCACUUAUUUGGAUGGGAUGACCAAGUCAAGGUUGCCACUAGAGCUGUUCAAUGGUCAAGAGGUCCGGGGAGUAUUAUCUGCGGGGAGAUGAUUGGUAUGGUUGAAGCAAGGUCAAAACUAUCUGGAUGGGGUGAAUCAGGAACUACUCACUUUUGGCAGGAUGAGAAGAGUUGGAGGAUCCUAUGGGAGAAGGUGGAAGGAAUUACCGGUACGGCAUGGGAUGUUUGGACACACAGUGUGAGGACUAGUGAGUUGGGCGACUGUUACAGUUACAUGGGAGAUUCCACGACUAAGAUGCGAUUUGUAUGUACUCGAAACUCCUGAGCUCUGAAUAGAGCCUCUUUUAUGUUAAAUUGUAU